AUGGGGCUAGCAGCAGCAACAGCCUCUGCGCGCCAUGCUCGUGGCCAAGCUCCGCCUUCGGCGCUGCCCGGCCUCCCUUCUCCUGCCCUCAGCCGCACCACCUACUCGCCUGUUGUGGCCCUACGGCCGCUGCCGCUGUGUGCCGCACAUGCACUGCUGUCCGCCAUUGCGCCGCUGCUGUCCACCGCCGUCGCCCCCCUUGAACACCUCUCGAUGGCAAAGACGAAAACUGGCGAGGAGGGGGAGGAGGAUCACGCCACUGGGAGGGCAUGCGAUGGCAAGCCGGAGGUGCAGCGCCCGGUUGAGGAUGAGGUGAUCCGAUUGUGA